CUAACCCCACCCACAAGAAACUUUAAGAAAGUUCAAAGAAUUUUUUGUUCUUGGCUAUAGUUUGCAAUGACUAGCACCAUUAAACUAGAAGUUCAUUCUUUAGAAGAGAAAAGUCCACAGAAAUGGUGCGUUUCAUUACCGGAGGAUGUGUUCAGAAGGUUUUUGUCACAGGACAAUCAAACAGUGCGCAAGGUGUUUGGAGAAGGGUCCCUGUUCAGUCCAAUGUUGUUUGGAAAAUUCUUUGAUCCCUCUGAUGGUUUUCCUUUGUGGGAGUUUGAAUCUGACAGCUUCUUGUCUAAUCUCCGAAACUCAGGAAAGUGUACUGUUGAUUGGUUUCAGACUGACCAGGCUUAUGUACUCAAGGCAGAAGUACCAGGAUUAGGGAAAAAUAAUGCACAAAUUUACGUUGAAAAUGGGAAAAUUCUGGAGAUUAGUGGGCGGUUGAGGCAGCUAAAAGAGACUAGUACAAAGGACUGGAGAAGCUGCAACUGGUGGGAGUAUGGAUUUGUGAGGAGGCUUGAGCUACCAGAAGAUUCAGACUGGAGAAAAACAGAGGCAACUGUGAAUAAUGACACGCUUCUAGAGAUUAGAAUUCCAAGAAUUCCAUCUCAGUGUGACAAUCUUGAGGAUUCAGGCCCCAAAAACUCAGAGUCAAUGCAAGAACACUGACACACACAUGCUGUUCCCUUGAUAAUGUAUAGGAAUGAUGGCAGAGUCCAUACUUCAUAGCCAGAGAAUAAGUAUUUCUUUUUAACUGUGAAAUGAUUUUGACAGGAAGUAACCAUGUUGUGAAAUUUUGGGCAUAGAUUUCUUCUAAGGUUCACAGGUCAUAUGUAACUUGUCUUGGAAGGCCAGUCACAAAGAUAAAAAUCAUGUCUUGGUACCUUUGGACAGGCUAGGAAUAAGGCACAUGCACUUGUUCCUUCCUUAUCUUCACCUGAAUUCAAGCUAUUCCACAAAACUAUACAAUAUUCUCUUCCUGGAAUAUGGGUGCCAAAUUAAGUUAAGAUUUGCAU